AUGGGGAAGAUUUACCGAGAUUUUCUAGAUAAAACCAGUAAACCAAAUAUUGUUGAAAUUAGUGAAACUGUUGAGGCGAAGUCACUAAUUAUCUUAGGAAAAGUUAAAGCGUUUAGAAAAGACAUUCCUUGGUUUUACAUGGGUUGCAAAAGGUGUAACACAAAGGUUCGACCCACGUACACUAUAACAGAUAAAGAUGAUGGAUCAGGUAUGGUUGUAGAAAUGAAAAAGUUUGAAUGUAAUUCUGAUAGAUGCAGGGGGCAAAAAACUGAUGUUUUGCCAAAGUUCAGAAUUCCUUUGAGAGUUCAAGAUGAUACUGGAAUUGUAUCAUUGACGUUGUUUGAUAGGGAAGCUAACAAGGCUUUGAAUCAAUCUCAUGGUGAUUUGGAUAUGUUUUCGGACGAUUUGGAUAUUUUGCGUGAUCAAAAAUUUGCGAUAAAGAUCGAAGUAAAUGAUUACAACAUAAAAAACAGUUGUUUUGUUUAUGGUAUUUCAAAACUAACCGAUGAUGAUAACAUUUUGAAUGAAUUGGAGAUGAGAUUUACUGCUCAACAGGAUGUUGUUUCAGGUACGGGUGAGAAUGCAACACCCUCCGAUGUGGAGAAGAGCACAACAGAUAGUCCGGAAUCACAAGGGAAUUUCUAUGAGAAAAGGCUUGGUAAUAGUAUUAAUCGUAAACGUGAUUUUGAAGGUACUUAUGAUGCCGAUCAUGAAAGGAAAGGGUCGGCAACCAAAUCUCUAAAAAUUCCAAAACUUGAAAAGUGA